CCCACCCUCGCCGCAUGCGACGAUUUCCUCCGCCGGGGACAGAGACCGAGAUCGGAUCUUUGUUCAUCACGAAUCCUGGUCGAGAAGAGCCACCAUGCCCUCGAGGCAACCUUCGCCAUUCACUUUUGCUGAAUUUGCAAGCUCUGUCGAAUCGGGAUCAAAUCUUCAAUUUGCUAACUCCGCCAUUAAUUUCCAGCUCGAGAAUCCCAUCGGUUCUCACAAGUCACAAUUUUUGAGAGAGUUCCUUUCCUCUUCCACCCAAAUCUCAAAAAAGAAAAAAACCCCAAAUCUCAUCCUGCAGCUGUCCCAUGUCAAAAUCCCUUUAACAUUAUGCAGACCUUGAUCUUCUCUCUUCCACCUUCAUCGCUUCUCCAUCUCAAUCCCGAGUUCAUGGAUGGUGGAUCCCUCAAGGGGUUUCCACACUGCUCCAACAACCCCAAAUCGACAAGUGGGUUUCGAUGUGAGGAGGGAGUCGCCGUCUCCCGGAUCUCGCCGGCGACAAAGGAAACGACGCACAAUCAGAGGCUGAAAGAGGCCGAAUCCAGAAGGAAGAAGGUCAGAGAAGAAGAUGAAUCUGCCUUGUCUAUGCUCUCUCCUCCGCUCUAUCGCUCUCCUUCUCUGCACGAAUCCGACGAAGAAGGAGGAAGGUCGGAGAACUGGAUUGAUGAAGCCACUCCGAAUCCACCAAAUCUACAGUCACCCUUGCCGCGGCGUGAGUUCAGUCAACGACCGAGACGCCCGGAUUUGUCACUCUCGGGUCGAGCUGCUGCCGCCGCCUCCUCUGUUCUUGCCGAUGAACGCAGGGAGGGUAGGGCUGCUUCUCCCGGGUUGCCCAAUCUCCAAUUGGCUAUGCUCGGCCGGCGAUUUCGGCGAUGAAGGAGCAGUGUCUCGUUGGGACCUGGCGAUUUUGGGAGAAGCAGAGAGUUGAAGCUGGGUAUUUGGGGAAGAAGUAGAGGGAUGAACUGAAAUUGGGAAUUUUGGGGAGAAGUAGAGAGACGGAAUUGGAGAUGUUGGCGUAGAUGGAUUCUUUUUUACGUUGGGAAAAUUAGUACCAGAGCACCGGUAACGCGAUGUUGAGUCCGCCGGCGGCUAAUUUGAACUCCGAUCGUUUUACCCUUUUUCUUUAUUAUUUAGUAAAAUAUUUCAUAUCAGCAGUGAUGUUAUUGUUGAAGGUAUUUUAUGUUAAUCACUACCUACGAAAUUUAUAUAUUUGUAUUUUAAAGGGUUAAUAUCUUAUUUUGUUCUGAACUAUACUCAAACAUUUUAUUUUGGCACUUGAUUUCUGAAAUUUCUCACUUAGCCCGAACUAUAUACCAUACUUUCUUGCUUGGCCCGACGUGAGUUUUGACUGUCAAAUUGGACGGUCAAAUUCAUUAACCUUUAGUCAAACGGCAGGUCACUUGCCAUGUCAACAACCUUGAAAUUUGAGUUUCUGUAAUUAUUUUUUUCUAUCCAAAAUUUUUAAUUAUUUUUUCCGUUAAUUAUUAUUGUUAUUAUUAAAUAAAAUGAAUUAAAUAAUUUCAAAUUUUAUUUGAGGCUUGUUGACAUGGCAAGUGACCUGGCGCUUGACUAACGGUCAAUGAAGUUGGGGCUAGGAUCAGGUGACUAAGGGGGGAGGCCUUAGUCACAUGACUAAGUCAAUCUCAGCCCUUCCACCUCAUUAAAAUCCAAGGGCUCCUAUUAGUCCAAUUUAAUGAAGGGUAAAUGUAGUCAUUCCAUAUUUAUUUUUAACUUUCAAUUAUUAAAUAAUUUUUUUCGGCUCUUCUCUCCCUGCGGCCCGUCUCGUUUUUUUUCCCCGCCGGGAUCUGCCAUCGCCGACCAGGGAAUUUCUGUGCGGUCACUUUUUGUUAUGGGAAUUUAUUCCCCAAGUUCCCACGAGAGAGAGAGAGAGAGAGAGAGAGAGAGAGAGAGAGAGAGAGAGAGAGAGAGAGAGAGAGAGAGAGAGAGAGAGAGAGAGAGAGAGAGAGAGAGAGAGAGAGAUUUUGUACUGUUAGUAUGCUUUGUAUUGUUUGUCGGUUUAUUUUGUAAUGUUUGUACUUUGUACGCUUUGUUAUUUUGUAAUGUUUGUCGGGUUUUUUUGUAAUGUUUGUAAACUUUGUUAUUUUUGUGUAUCGUGUUUAUCAUUUUUGUCAACCAUGUUUGUAAUGUUUUUUAUGUCUAAAAAACACACGGGUUGACUUUGGGAAGGAGCCCCUCUAUAUAGGGAUGGAGCCUCCAAAGUCAACCCGGUUGUUUUUUCUUUUUGUAUGGUUUGUAUUGUUUGUCGGUCUAGUUUGUAUUGUUUGUGCAGUUCAUACGUUUGUAAUGUUUGUAUGUUUUGUCGCUUUAGUUUGUACUGUUCGUAUGUUUGUAUGGUUUGUACUGAUUGUAAAUCCAGUUUGUAUAUUUUGUAAUUUUCCAUAAUACCCAAACUACCCCUGUCAUUAAUUAAAUACCCUUCCCACUUUUUAACCAUCAGAUUGAUGUGUCCAGAUCUAAGGGCUCCCUUAGUCACUGGAUCCGCACUCAUGAAGUUGACCGUCCAACCGUCCAAUUUGACGGACAAAACUCGCACCGGGUCAAACAAGAAAGUAUGGUGCAUAGUUUGAGCUAGAGGAGCAAUUUCAGAACCACUAACCAAAGUAAAAAGUUUGGAUAUAAUUCGGACCAAAAUAAGGUAUUAACACUAUAAAUCAUCAUAUAAAAAGUAUCUAAUAUAAAUUACAAUGUCGCUUAAAAGUUAGAAUUUUUAGUAGUAUUGGCCUUUUUUUUAAUUUCACUUUGAUGACUUUGUUGGUGUUCAUUUUAUUGUUCUUCAAUAGUUGACAGUAAAGGUUUUUUCUUUCUCCUUUGAAAUCUCUUGCAAGUGGCAGCCAACACCGCUCUUCUGGAUACUAGCUUAUAAUCCGGCCCGUUGGCCGGAAUGUUUAUAUUUUGAUAUUUAAAGUUUUUAUGUUACGUUUAAGUCUAUUAAUUUGUUUAAGUUUAUUGAAAAUUAUUCAAUCGAGAUUCUACACAAAGAAUGAAUAUAUAGGUCGAAUAUUCAGGAAAAUACCCUCCUCAUUUAAGAAUAUAAAAAUGUAUCAUUAAUCCCAUUUUCAUAAUGAUAAUUGAGCCCCCAUUAAAAUGAUAUUGCUUAAUAGAUUGUCCAGAAAUAUAUAAUAUAAAAGCUCAUUGUAAUUCUCACACGAUCCAUAGAUAGUUUGAAACUGAAAUGAAACCUCACAAUCCCACAUAAAUUGUUCAAAGCUCUCCUCUAUGAAUAACAUGCCACUAAUAAAAAGGAAAUGGAUUUAUAAUAAUAUAAAAAAAAUGAAGAGUUGUUGAUUCAAGUAAAUCAUAUGCUAACAACUCAACUAAAAGGAAACCAUCAAAACUUGAAAGCAAAUGACAAAAUUAGAGUUACAUCCAAUAUGCUAAUAGACUCGAUCAAAGUAAUGAGCACAAAUUUAGACACUCCUUAUCUACAGGUUCCAGUAGUUUGAAUAGUGCUCGACCUUAACUUUAGUAAAUCAAUCAAUGAUUCCUCGUUUUAACAUAAACAUAGGUUGUGGUAGUUGCAACAACCAUAACACCUAAAGAUCCAAUAGUUUCUACUCUCCGUUGUACAACCAACUUUUUAUCCCCUCCAUCUUCAAUCUCUCGACUUAUAUGUUUUAAACCAAAAAUCAAUUUUUAAUCCUCCUUCUACAACUCCAUUUAUGCUACUUUGAUGGACCUUCUCUCCAUGAACCUGAAUUUCUUUUUCAAUUGAGUUUAUUGUCAGUUUGAUCUCCAACUCCUAAUUCCUCUUUCUUGUAUUUGGCCAACUCAUCUUCCUCGGGCCAGUUUUAAUAAGCUCGUAAAACCGACACUCAUCUUCAAUUCCAUCAAUAUGCUUUUCUCCUCCUUCUAUGCCUUCACCUGAUCCAGUUCACUUCCAUGCCCUUCAAUACCCUCUCCAUUUUCAUCAAUAUCCUGAUCAUCUACCACUUCUCUCUCUUCAACUGCUCCGAUUUUGCUUCUAUGUCUUUCAAUACCCUCUUUGGUUCAAUCACUACCCUGACCAACUGCCUCUUCACUGCCUUCACUUGUUGCAAACUACUUCCAUGACUUUUAUACACCUUCCUCAAAAUCACAAUCAACUAACCAAUAUCAAUCCAUGGCCUUGGAUCAGUUUUAGACUCUCUAUGAACAUCUCAAUACCACCAAGUCUAAAUCUAAAUAUUCUUUCAGUUAACAUGAACUUGAGUUUAUCAAAAUCUAAUCCACUCCUUCUAAGUUGGAAUUCCCAUCCCCAAGCUCAUUUUUGGUUCAUUUGAUCCCGCAUAACCAUGAUAUUAUACCUCUAACUAAAUAAAUCAAAGCAUUUUACGAAAAGAAACUGAACCAUGAACUUUACCUGCUACCAAAUCCAAACACAAUUUCUUCCCCUCACCACUUCCCUUAAUCCCUUCCCAAACCCAAUAUCAACUUUUACUCCAAGUACGCACCCCCAACUCCCAGUGUGUUGAGUGAAAGCUUAAUUUUAGCAAUCAUUAUGCUUGCAAUUAGAUUAAUGGACACCAGCAAACGCCAAAAUUCCACCAGACGAUGAGUUGUCUUCACUUUGAGUUUUGUCAUAAAAUUGUUGGCCCCAUAUGUUUAUCAGUUUGGAGGCCAUAUGAAGAGCAAUACCGAAUAAGUUGCAGCGAAGUUACCGGCACAGUAAUGACAAUGUGAAACAUGUGUUAACAAACGCGAAUAUGGGUUACUUUUAUGGAUUGACAUUAGAAUGAUGGGAUUGGACAAUGAGAUCGUCCUUAGUUAAGCGACAUGUAAAUUGGUCAUUUGGUAUGGAGGACACAAACCGUUAAAAUUCUAAAUUAUUUGGGUAAGUUUGUAUUUAGUGUUUUCAAAAUCGUGGGAUAUGAGUUAGGUGAUUAAAAUAUCUAAACCCGAAUGAACCAACCCACGGACACCCCUAAGAAGAGUUUCAAAACUUAGUAUUUAUCCGGACAAAAAUGUUUAGAGAACCGGUCUCCUAUAGUUUGCAUAAAGAUAUGAUUGCUUCACUAUAGUUAUGGAAAUUAAUGAUAAUUUAAGAAUUCUAUAUCGCUUCUACAUAUUCAAUACUAUAAUUCGAUAUGAAAUAAUGGAACCAACAAUAUUUUGGUUGCAAAUUUAUGGUUAUUGUCUAUUUAUAAUAUAGAUAAAAUUUAAAUUAAGUAUUAAGCUAUAAUUAAAUAAAAAUAUCAAAAUUUAAGUAUCAAACAGUGAAAACACCAAAUAAGUACUUACGGAAUAUUUAUUGGGCUAGCUAAAUGUUAAAAAGUUUUGUGAUUUCAUAUUUUAGAUUCGUAUAUAUUUUUAAUUUAAAAAAAUACAACAAAUCUACAUAGUCUGAUUGAUUUUAAACCUUUACUUUGUUUGAAGUGACCAUGGUUCAAAUCUCAAUAUGUCUAUCUUUUUCUGUAAAUAAAUAAAAAAAUACAGAUAAUUGUGAAGACAAAAAUGUCCUUCCUAAUUUCGUUCUCAUUGCAGCAAAUUGGAAAAGGGAGAUUAAGUUCCAAAUAAUUAAAUCAUAUACCCUAAACCUAUAGAACUUAAACCCUAAUAUCACAUAUACUAAGAACAUAAUCAAUGAUUCCGAUUCGCCAAGAUGUAUACAACAUAUCAUAUGCACUAUAUUAGGAUUUAGAGAAUUAUGAUAUAGGGUUUAGUUACGUGAUUAAUCUAUGGUCCAGAUAAUGUUAUUUAACUAAGGAGAUGCAAUAACCCUCAAUCCAUCGAGCGUACCAUAUAAUUCCCAAUGUAUAUACACAUACCAUUGUUUGUUAAAUUUAGCCAAUGAUAAUUGGCUCAUUUGUCAAUGGUAUUUAGUCUUUCAAUUCUAUGCUCAUAAUUCUCAACCAUUAGGGAAAUUGUUAGCCAAUGAUUUUUGGUCAUUCACUUGUAGCAUUGAAAAUGUCUCGUUACAAAAUCAUAGAUCACAAAUGUCAAAUUUUAUGUUUUGAAAUAAAAUUUUGUAUAGCACUUUUGUAAACAAUCCUUGUAUUCCUACAAACUGCAAAGUCAUGUAACCUAAUAAAUGUAAAAGUUGUAA